AUGAGUUGCCAAGCAUUUACUUCAGCCGACACCUUCGUCCCCUUGAAUUCUGACUCUUCUCCCGCUCUGCCUCUGAUAAUGCAUCAUAGCGCUGCAGAAUGCUUGCCCGUCUCCAACCAUACUACCAAUGUCGUAUCUACAGUCUCGUCUGUUUUGUCUUUGGUCCAUACUCCUAAAUGUUCCCACGUGCACUUCUCCAUGGCGACUUUGGGAAACGCAUCUACAGGUCUUCAUUAUUCUGUCCCUUCCUGUCAUUAUGGAAACCAACAGUCUACCUAUGGGGUGAUGGCAGGUGGCCUGACCCCUUGCCUUUAUAAAUUCCCUGAACAUGCACUGAGUGCCAGUUCCUGUGCUCUGGGGCAUGGCUUCACUCCCAUGCACCAGUCUAUCCUUGGAGAUGAUCCCGCAGCCGCUGACUUCAAGCAGGAAUUCCGCAGAAAAACCAAGUCUGUUGAAGAGCCAAUAGACAUGGAUUCCCCUGAAAUCAGAGAACUGGAAAAGUUUGCCAAUGAGUUCAAACUGAGGAGAAUUAAGCUAGGCUAUACACAAACAAACGUUGGAGAAGCCCUGGCGGCUGUGCAUGGCUCUGAGUUCAGUCAAACAACUAUUUGCCGAUUUGAAAAUUUGCAGCUAAGCUUCAAGAAUGCCUGCAAACUGAAAUUGAUAUUAUCCAAGUGGCUGGAAGAAGCAGAACAAAUAGGAGCUUUAUACAAUGAAAAAGUUGGCGUGAAUGAGCGGAAAAGAAAGCGCAGAACCACCAUAAGCAUUGCUGCUAAAGAAGCUCUAGAGAGAAACUUUGGGGAACAAAGUAAGCCUUCUUCUCAAGAGAUUAUGAGGAUGGCUGAGGGGCUUAACCUUGAGAAGGAAGUUGUGAGAGUUUGGUUUUGCAACCGAAGACAAAGGGAAAAGAGAGUGAAGACAAGUUUACACCAGAACACCUUUAGUUCCAUUAUGAAGGAGCAUCACGAGUGCCGGUAAAGUUUCCUGUGCAUAGUUGAGGAUUUCUGGGCAUAUAGGAUUUUUUUUUUUUUAAGUAUUUUGUCAGUCUGAACAGAAACACGUUUCCUUUUCAAGUUAGUCUAUUUUAAUUGUAAUAUCUUCGGUGGGCUUUAUCUUAAUGUAAAAGAUUGGAAAACAUUGUUACUAUAUGUAUUUGUGCAGGGGAGACAGUUGCUUAGCUGUCAACUAUUCAAUGUGCAUUAGUUGAUUAAUGUGUUACAAAUUGCACCCUAAGUACAAUACACUCACUAGUUAAUGUGAAUUUUGCCCAAAAGAUCUGGAAUGAUAUCAUUUGUGUUAAUUACAAAGAAGUUACUUACUUACUGUAUGUGAAAAUGUUGACUGCACAUGCACACGUGUGUGAUGUGCUCCUCACUCCCCCAACAGCAAAUGAGCUUCACAAACCUUUUAGAAAAGCUACAGCUGUUGGGAUCACUGAAGUGCCCCUUCCCAGCACCAAACAUUUAGAGCCGAGGGAGGAGGCUGUGUGAUCAGUGGCUGGUCCUCAUGCUAAACUUCAGCAUCAUUGAACUCUGUGGAAAGUGACCUGGUAAUUAAGGCAGUUGCCUGUCUUAAAAAAACUGCUUACUGGCAAACAGUCUUUCUUCUUUAAAGCAGCCUCUACAGCUUCCCUCUUGUGGAGUCUAGCUGGUAAUACAACCCCAUGAAGGUGGGCUGAGUUCUAUUAAGCAAGGACUGCAGAACUGCCCUCCCAAAGGGAGCAUCGAAUGUAGCUGCUUGGUCAAAAGAACUGCUAUGUAAUUGUGAGGCCAGGACUCCAGGUAGCAACUUGGCAGAUUUCUAGGAUGGAAACAUUACAGAGGCAUUCUGGCUGCUGCCUUAGCCCUGGUGGAAUGAGCUUUAAGACCCUGGAGGUAUGACACCUUUGCUAAUGUGUAACAUUUCUCAAUACACAGCCAAUCCAUUUAGACAGGUGCUGAGCAGAAAUGGCAUUUCCUUUACACUGAUCGCCAAAGACUACAGAAAGUCUUGCUGACUUUCUAAACCUAGUUAAAUCAAAACUCAAAUAUAACCUCAUUUUCCCCUGGGGAGAAUGAGGUUUAGAAAAAGAACAGGCAGAAAUCAUUAUUUCUAGUCCUCUCUUCUCCUGUCCUGCAGAGCUGACAAAAUGAUUUCAUAGCUCCACCCCCAGGAGCCAGGGAUUGAGGGGAGUUGGAAUAAUGUGACUUCAGCACUCAAGGGACGGGUAGUCCAGUGAUCACUGCAGCAACAUUGCUCCCAUUAUUUGUUACAAUGAUACUAAUUAAUGUGUACAUAUUUCAAGCUUUUUCCCAGGACUACAAUUACAGAAAUGCACAUUAGUGGUAAUGGUAAAUACAAAACUAAUUUUUUAUGAAGCAGGCAUGAUGGUGAUUUAGAAAAUGACUAGAUAAUAGAUCCAGAAAGAGGUUAUAAUAUUUGAGGUCACUAACAUGAGUGUAUAUCAAGUAGAACAUUUCUAUGUUGGUGUGUUUUAAAUAAUACAUAAGCCCAGCCGAGAAGGGGCCCUAGGCAUGUUAAACUAAGGAAUAUAGUCUCCUGUAUUAAGAAAAUAUAUUUUUAUGAACAAACUGCAUUAUUGCUUUUAUUUUUCUUCUUAGGAGAGGAUUCUAAAUUAAAACUCAGGUGGGGGGGGAGGGGGAGAGAAUCCCUUUCCCCCUUGCUAAUGCACAUUUUAUACAGGAUUUGAACUAUUCUAACCCCCAGACUGUCACAACACAAACACAGAUCGGUCACUACUUUACAAAGCAAGAGUUCACUUUCUGGGAUUAAGCCUCAGCCUUUACC